UCCUCUCCACACGACCAGCAACAACAGCAACAGAGAGAUGUGCAGAAUGGAAUUGUGCUGCGGCAGCAGUCGGUGCAGCAGGAGAAGAGGAGGGUGCAACCGCCGAUGCAGCAGCCGCCACGACACGUCCAUCGUGGCAGUCCUGAUGAGCAGGCAGAGCGACAUUCACUGGCGCAGCAGCAAGAACAGCAACAGCAACAGCAGCAGCAGCAGCAACAGCGGCAGCAGCCGCAGCAGCAACAGCAGCAAGAGCAGCAGCAACAGCAACAGCAGCAACAGCAACAGCAGCAACAGCAGCGGCAGCGACAGCAGCGGCAGCGACACCAGCAACAGCGGCGGCAGCAACAACAGCAGCAAUGGCAGCAACAACAGCAACAGCAGCAGCACGCGUUGGAGCAGCAGGCAUUGGAGCAGCAGGCACUGCAACAGCAGGCACUGCAACAGCAGGCACUGCAACAGCAGGCGCUGCAGCAGCAAGCACUGCAGCAGCAGUUGCCUUCGUUGCAACUGCGGCAGCUCCCCGCGCAGCUGCCAGAGAUACUACCGCAACACCAGCAGCUCGCGCCGCAGCAGCAACACGCCCCACCGCCACAGCAGCACCUUUCUGAAGGCCACCAGCAUCUACUGCUGCAGCAGCAGCAACAGCCGACAACGGAGAAGGGGCAGGCCUCGCUACAACAGCACGUGUACCAACAGCAGCACCUGCACCAGCAGCAGCACCUGCAGCUACAGGAGCAGCAGCACCUGCAGCAGCAAGAGCAGCAGCACCUGCAACAGCAAGAGCAGCAGCACCUGCAGCAGCAAGAGCAGCAGCUGCAGCAACACGAGCAUUGGCAGCACCAACGAAAAAUUUUAUCACAGCACCGCUGCUCUCGUAGACCGGUACUGCUGGUGCUGCUACGGCAGUACUAUUACGAAGCAGAGGUCCCAGUACAGUGAUGCAUGCUGUUGCUGGCGUUGUUGCUGCUGCUGGUGCUGCUGCUGCUGGUGCCGCUGCUGCUGCUGCUGUUGCGGCUGCUGCUGUUGUUGCUGUUGCUGCUGUUAUGGCUGCUGCUGCUGUUGCUGCUCAAUAGCUGUGUGCGGCGGCCAGAGGAAUAGUACUAGCUGCGGCAGCACGAGCAACAGGAAGAGGAGGAGCAACAAUAGCUGUAGCAGCGGGAGCUGCAGCGACUGCAGCAACCGAUGCAGCAGCUAUAGCUGCGUGCGGCAGCGAGAGGAACACAGCAAGUGCAGCAGCAAGUGCAGCAGCAAGUGCAGCAGCA